GCUACCUAACCUAUAAAUCAUUGAUGCAUAGACUAUAAAUAGUACAAAUUGUCAGAUUGCUAUUUCGCUAUGUACAUUUUUUAUAUAAGAGCUAGAAACUAGAACUGUAUUUAUUAUUAAGAAAUGGAUGCUCAGAUAGAUGAUUUUUUCAAUGAAAUUAACGAAAUUGCACCACCAAAACAACCAGAACCUCCAAAAGUAGUUGAAAGUGUUUGGAAAGAGUGCCACGACGAACUCACUGGUUAUUCUUACUAUUGGAACUGUAAAACCGACGAAGUGACUUGGGACCCUCCUGCAGACUUCAAAGACCAAAAAAAGAACAAACCCACCUUGAAAAAUGUAAAAAAGCCUUCUGGUAUAUACAUACCUCCGAAAUCGUCUGAACUGUUUUCUGGCGCAACAAAAAAGUUACCCCAGGAUAGUGUUAAAAUAUAUUCCAUAGGCGAAAGUUCUGUAAAAAAAGAUCGACCAAAACCACAGAAGAAGGCCCCUAAAAGACCUUUCGAGAAAGAAAGCGACUCUGAGGACGAAAGGAUAGUGCUAAUAUCCUCCUACGGCGGAGACUCCGAAACUGAUGAAGAUGAAGAACCAAUACAGAAAAAAAUUAAAACGGUGGACGAUGAACCCUCGAAAGAAGAAAACGACAGUUAUUUGUCAGAAGAAGAUGAUGAUAUGGAUAUUUUGACAAAAAUCCAAAAGCGCGCCCAAGAACUGAAAGAGUUGGGAGGUGAGCUUCCUGCAGGCGUCAAAGAGGUAGUGGAAAACCCCAAACUCGAGGCUGAGGUCAUGAAGAAAGAGAAAAAGAAGGAUAUUUCGGGGUUCUCAUUAGUCGCUGGGUAUAGCGAUAGCGAGGAGGAAAACGAGGAGAUAAAGUCAGUUUUCCUACCAAAAUCAGAACCUCCUCCUGUUUCCCAUAGUACACUAUUCCCCAUAGCAGAACCCAUAGACGUCAAAGAUUUUAUCGAAGAACCCAAAGUGGAACCCGAAAAACAACAAAUAUCCAACGGAGAAGAGUUUCACAGCAAAGCAUUUCAGCGGAAAAGAAGGAUAGGCGUAGCUUUGGUGAACACAACAAAAAAGAAAGAGGAUCCGAUAGACGAGGAAAGAAAAGGACUUGGAUUUGAUAAAGAAGCAAGUUCUAGCCCGAAAAGCGAUGUUGUGUAUCCAGGUUUUAAAAAAGGCGGGGUUAUGUUCGUGAAGUCGGAUGUUUUGAAUCCCGACAUUCCCAAAGAUAAAGAAACAGACUGUGAUAAAGUGGAGAAAGUGGAGGAGGAGGUUAUAAAUAAAGGAGAGGUGGAGCAGAUGUAUUCCACUUUGAAUGAGAAGUUGGUUUUUCUAAAUGGAGGAAGGCCAUCUAUUUCACCAGUACAAACAAUGGUUAUCCAAGCAGAAAUGUUGUUCAUUGCCAUGAAAGACGGAGGAUUGAAACUAUCUUACUUAAAAAAAUGGCUGAGUGACACCUGCAGCGAAUUGAUAAAGCUGGAAAAAGAAGCGACGCCUGCGGGGUGGCUUUUGCAAUGGGAUAGGUCGCAUAAAAGGUAUUAUUACCAAAACCUGGCGACAGGGAUCAGCCAGUGGGAGUAUCCGCAGUCAGAUUCCAAUACAUUCGAUGAAGCCAUGGAUAUUUCUACCACGCCGCCACCCACCGAACAGGUGAUACGAAUGUCGCCCCCCUUACCCCCCACGAUAAGGAGCCCCACGCCUCCCCCUCCUCCAAUUAUUAGCACAGAUGAGAGGGUCGUGGUGGGUAGUAUUCCGAUUCCUGAGCAAUCUGUUCAAGUGCAGCCAGCUCUUCCUACGAAAUUGUCUGAUCUCGGAGAACCGUUACCUCCUGGAGUCGACUUGCCAGAAACAGCCUCUUCUGAAGGGUCUUUGCCACAAAACCAGGUAGCACAAGACGUAGACCCUUUGAACUCGGCGUUGGACUCCUUCUAUUCAGAGGUUGCGGCGAUAGAUCCGCAAGUCUCAUCCCCUCUACUUCCCCCCUCCCCUCCUAAUGAACCGAUCCCUUCGGAAACUGCACCCGUGGAAACUACCACUGAUACUUCAAAGAGAAAGAAGAAAUCCAAGGUAAAAUUAGCACCUGGGUUAUCAAUGAAGAAAAAAGGGGUUUCACAGCUGGUUGAAAAGUGGAAAAGCGUACAGCAGCACUAUAACGAUUAGGCUUGAAUAUAAUAUAUUGUAAUGAAUUAGAGUUCAAUAAAUUACUUUUUUUGUUA